UAUAUAUAUAUUAUUAAUAGAGAAAGAAAAAGAAAACAUUGAGAAUAUUACGUGUGUGAUACACUGAUUUCUUCUUCUCUUGACGGAAAUGUUGUAGGGUAAUUUUUUGAGCCUGUUGGAUCUAAUUUUCUUCAACAACCACGCAAGAUCCGCCCAAUAUUUCACUUCCUCUAACCUCCAAAUCUUUCUUCAUUUUACUUUCGAUCCUCUCCUCCAUUUUUGAGCUCACAUCAUCUCUAAACCCUUUCUUCUUCAAACCCCUAAUCCUCCUCCUCACCACCUUAAUAAUAUACAAUGCCUUCGUUACUUUCUUUUGUAUUAUUAUUAUCAGUAACUUUAAUGGCGUUACUUGCUUCUCCAGCAUUUUCCACGUCUAGGGGAACUUUAGAGCGGCCGCAAGUCAAAACCCGGUUCAGGGUCAACCUCAAAUAUGUCGAUUCCGGGAAGAAUCUGACAAAAUUUCAGCGUAUACAGAGAGGAAUCAAGCGCGGGAACCACAGGUUGCAGAGACUAUGGGGUAUGGCUCUAGACUCAAACGACGUCGUUCAAGCCCCUGUUCAUGCAGGAAACGGUGAGUUUUUAAUGAAGUUAGCCAUCGGCACACCACCCGGGACUUACUCCGCCGUACUCGACACUGGAAGCGAUCUGAUAUGGACUCAGUGUAAGCCAUGCACCGACUGUUACGAUCAGCCCACCCCCAUUUUUGACCCGAAAAGUUCUUCUUCUUUCUCAAAACUAUCUUGCUCAAAUGAUCUCUGUAAAUCCCUACCUCAACCAACAUGCAAAAAUGACUGCGAGUAUUUAUACACCUAUGGCGAUUACUCUUCGACGCAGGGGAUUUUGGCCCAGGAAACCUUCACGUUCGGCGACGUCUCUGUCCCACAUAUCGGGUUCGGUUGCGGUCAAGACAACGAAGGCGAUGGGUUCAGCCAAGGCGCAGGUAUAGUGGGUUUCGGUCGUGGACCAUUGUCACUCGUUUCACAGCUCAACGAACCACAAUUCUCUUACUGCCUGACAUCCAUUGAUGACAACUCAAAAACCAGUACCCUUUUCAUGGGACCCAAAGAAAGCUUCAACAUCACGAAAACCGAAUCAAUCAAGACAACCCCAUUGAUUCAGAACCCAUCACAACCAUCUUUCUACUAUCUUUCCCUUGAAGGAAUCACAGUCGGCGACGCUCGAUUACCCAUUAAUCCAUCUACUUUCGAACUCCAAGAAGACGGAACUGGCGGCGUAAUCAUAGACUCCGGCACAACCAUAACUUACUUAGAACAGAGUGGAUUCGAUCUGGUGAAGAAAGAGUUUACUUCUCGGAUAAAUCUCCCCGUCGACGACUCCGGCGCGACGGGUCUCGACGUCUGCUUCCGUCUGCCGGCGGAUUCGAAAGACGUGGAGGUACCCAAGUUGGUGUUUCACUUCAAAGACGCGGACUUGGAGUUGCCCGGAGAGAAUUAUAUGAUUGGAGAUUCGACCAUGGGAGUUCUGUGUUUAGCAAUGGGAGCUUCCAGUGGGAUGUCUAUUUUUGGUAAUAUCCAGCAGCAGAAUAUGUUGGUCACGUAUGAUAUUGGGAAGGAAACGGCGUCGUUUACGCCCACGCAAUGUGAUAAUUUGUGAGAGUUAAUUAACCCAUUUUUACAGUUCAGUUAGUUUGUGUGUUUCUUCUAAUCUCGGGUGCUUUUUUUUUUUUUUUUGUUUUUCGUUAUUAUUUCUUAUUAAAUGGAUUCUUGUAUUGAUGUGUGUAAAAUGGGUUCUCAAUAAAAUCACCAUUUUUCUA